CGAUAAACUCACGCGAGGGAGCAGAGGAAACGUCACCGUAUUUUUCUAGACGCAGCUGACGAUGUAAACAAGAGAAGACAGUCGAGGGCAACGGGGAUCACACGGGCCGGUGUCACCGCAAAUGAUAGCCACUAUCCGCUCCUGAACGGCUGACAUGGGGCUCCCCGUUACUAUCAAAGUCAAUUUCCGGGGGAAUGUGAAGAGGUUUCUGGCUCAGGAUUUGGACAAGCUGGAGUGGGAAUCGGUCGAAGCCUGGAUCAAAGCGUCUUUUGGGAUCAACCACUUUCAAGUGAAAUACUUUGAUGAGGACAAUGAGGAGAUUUGUAUAAACAGUCAAGAUGAAUACGAAGAAGCCAUCAAGAGUGCAGAGAAGCAGGGGAACCAGUUACACAUGAACGUGUACAAGAUGAAAGGGCAGGCCUGCGGAGGCCCACUGAAGACGGAGGUGAAGGAGCUGAAAGGAGACCUCCGGCCUGCUCCUCCUUAUCCCUCCAGGGUCAAGACUGUGGACAAGGGCACACAGGUCACACCGGAGCGAGAAGCUGUCACAGCGAAAGACAACAAGGGGAACAAAUCGGAAGAUGAGCCCCCUCCCAUGUGGUUUAGAUCAUACAUGGAGAAGUUUAAGGACGAGGUGGUCAAAGAGGUAGUUGAAAGGAUGUGCAGUGACUUUUCUGGGCAGUGCUGUACCCACAAAUCCUCUGAUGGGCCCCAUGAGGCCAGUGGGGCUAGUGGUGGACCUAUAGGGCCCAGGCCAGGUCCCUCCACCUCAAGUGGGUCCCUCGGCUACACCCCAAACUGCAGCAGCUGCAACAAACUCACCUCUGAGGGGGCCUACAAGUGCAGUGUGUGCCCGUCCUGCAUCCUGUGUGAGAUGUGCCGACAUAGCCAUGACCCCAGCCACAACCUCGUAAGAACCAAGACACCUCUCUCCAUCCCUGAGCAUGGAAUGUCUGGAGAGUUAAGGUUCCCAAGGCGAGGAGACAGGACAGUGCGCAAGGCCGAGCGACAGCGCCUCAAAGCAGAAAGGAGGCAGCUAAGAGCCGAAGUGAAGGAAAUCAAGAAGAAACUGAGACUGGAGAAGAGGGGGCUGCAGUGGAGUGGGCCCUCUACCUCAGGCAGAGCCAAUUUGACAAACAUGGCCUCCGCAUCCACCCAGGUCCCAGCCCUGCCCCCUCCUGCUGCCUCAGAAACAGCCUCAGGUCCAGCCCCAGCCCAAGGUCCCAUCCCUGCCCCGGUCCCUGAUCCCCAGGCCUCCAGUCCAGAGGGUCCCGGGGUCUCGCACACGUCCUUGGUGCCCACAAUGGCUGCCUUGUUUCUGGAUGAAAAUCUGCCUGACGGCACCCGUCUGGAGCCAGGUACCAAGUUCAUCAAAUACUGGAAGAUGAGGAACUCGGGCACUAUCAGCUGGACCUCAGAGACUAAGCUAGUGUUCAUGUGGGGAAACCUCGGCCUGGCGUCGGAGAAGAGGAGGGAGGUGCCGGUCCCUUUGCUGCUGCCCGGGCAAGUGGGGGUGGUCAGCGUGGCCUUUGUCGCUCCCGUCAUGGAGGGGACGUACACCUCCCACUGGCGGCUGGCGCACUGCGGGUGUCAGUUCGGCCCGCGUGUGUGGUGCAGCAUCGUGGUCGACCCCGGCAACAGCCGCAACACACUCGGACAUCAGAGCAAAAGACUGGCAAGUCUGCUAACCAGUGACACCCUGUACAGCGACGCCUGUUUACAUAAGGAGGAGGCGAGGCCAGUGGAGAAGGAGAAGGAGAUGAGGUCUGUAGACCUCAGCUGUGAAGACUAUUACUUCCCCUCGGUCAACCUGCUGACUGCACAGGAUCUACUGUCAUUUGAGUUGCUGGAUAUAAAUAUAGCGCAAGAGUUGGAGAAGGUUCCUAAUAACACUCCCGUCGAUUUGACGCCCUGCAUAUCCCCACUGCCCCAUGAUGCACCAGUAUUGGAGAAGGCCAUAACCUCACAAAUAAGAGAAGACACAGAGGUCACAGGGGUCAAAAAACUUUUCGGAGUGAAACUGGGACAGCAGAGGGAGCUUUCAGAGCCCGUGACCCAGGAGGAGGAGAGGGAGGAGGAGAUCAGUGGAGCCCAGUUCCUCUGUGAGACUGUCAUCCGCUCCCUCACCUUGGAGGAAGCCCCCGACCACAGACCCCUGCGCAGAGUUCAUCACAGCAGCCACAAACCACAGGUUGUUUCCCGGGGUACGAGCUUUUGCUUUGAGAGAGCAGUGGAGGCUGAGAAGACGAAGGAGAGGGUAGACGAAGGAAAUGAGGAGAUCUGUGCCGUCAGACUUGAGAGUUCAGCUCUGCCUCCCAGCACAGGUCUCAACCAGACCACCCAAGAAGAGGAGACAAGGCCAGGUCUUCUCCUGGAACCAGCGAAUGAAAACCUGCAUAUCAGUUCACAUCAUGAUUAUGAGGAUGAAGAAGUCGUGAUUUUGGAAGAAAUGCAAAACAUCAAGGACACUCAAGAAGAGAAAGAGGAGGGUGGAACCAAGGGAGAAGACUGGGAUGAGGUCAGCAGCCAGACCUCCUCAGUCUCCUCAUGCGACGACUACAUCAUCGUCCUCCCAGACUGCUUUGACACCAGCCGUCCCCUGGGGGAGUCCAUGUACAGCUCCGCCAUGUCUCAGCCUGACACCGCCGCCGUUGCUGCCGCGACCGCAGCCGAUCCAGACGUACACCAGGAGAAAGAGGACGACUCCGACUCUGAGUCGGGCAGGGCGGCACCGCUGAGAGAGAGGCAGGAGAGGACGGAGGUGGUCGCCGCUGAGGAUUCACCAGUGAACACCCGGCCUCCACCCGUCCCUCCCAUCCACAGCAGCGUGAACCAGAUGCUGUGCGCUUCCCAAACGCUGGACGCCGUGACGCUCACCCCUGAAGUGGUGCCACCGCCGAUUCUGCCUGACUUCCUGCUGUCCCCACCGGCCCUCUACUCACCCAGGUCUGAGGCACUGUACCUGGCUGAGGACCACAGUCCUCCAGCCUGUGAACCAUAUGAGCCGUGCCAACCAAGGGUCCACCUAAAUGUGUCAUCUGGUCUGUCCAGAUCAGCAGGCUCAGCAUCCAGUGCCUUUGAGACAUACAACCCCAGACCCAGCAACGCGCUGCAGCCAAGGGGCCAAGGAGGCAUCACAGAGGGACUUGUCAAGGGGGCUCUUUCUGUGGCAGCGUCCGCUUAUAAGGCCCUCUUCACUGGACCAAACUGUGCGAUACAGCGAGGCAUCGACCCAGCCACCAGACAGGACCCUUCCAUGAUGGCCAUGCUGCUGGAGAUGGGCUUCAGAGACCAGUGCCUCAACCAGCAGCUGCUGAGGAAGCACGGGUACAGUCUGCUGCACACCGUCAACGAGCUGGUGCAGAUGGCCGAGGACAGCCAGAACGAAGCUGUCGACGCUCAGCACUGAGGGAGGGAAAGCUGUGAGAAAGCUACUGUAAGGCUGUAAAAGUGUCGUGGGAGGGACUUUAUUUGACUUUUAAACAUAAUAUAAAGAGAAUAUUUAGAUUAUGACCCGUGUAAUGGCUCACCCUUUCCAGUCUCUGGAUUUAUUUUGAGUUACUUAAAGGAGAGACAAAGAGAACCUAUUUAUGAUUCAUGCAACUGAUUGAUUUCUCAAAGGGUGGAGAGUUUAUUUGGACCAAACAGACAACCAUGUCAAAUGUUGAAAUAGAAAAAGAAAUAGGAGCA